GAUUUCUCAUUCACCAUCUGAUUGAGGUCGAAGAGCAAACAGACAGAAACAAGAAGAAAAUGGCAGAAGUGGCUCCAGCUCCCGCCGCGACUCCGGCCAAAGCGGCCAAGAAGAAGGCGUCCAAGCCGAAGAAGAGCGGCCCCAGCGUCAGCGAGCUGAUCGUCAAGGCCGUGGCCGCCUCUAAGGAGCGGAACGGCGUGUCUGCUGCCGCCCUGAAGAAGACUCUGGCUGCCGGAGGAUACGAUGUGGAUAAGAACAAAGCCCGCGUUAAGAUUGCCAUCAGAAGCCUGGUCACCAAAGGCACCCUGCUCCAAACUAAGGGAACCGGAGCCUCUGGCUCCUUCAAGAUGAGCAAGAAGGUGGAGAGCAAGGCCAAGAAGCCCGCUAAGAAAGCAGCCGCUCCUAAAGCCAAGAAGCCCGCUGCCGCCGCUAAGAAGCCCGCCGCAGCGGCCAAGAAGCCCAAGAAAGCGGCAGCAGCUAAGAAGCCUGCAGCCGCCAACAAGUCCCCUAAGAAGGCCAAGAAGCCUGCAGCGCUCAAGAAGGCAGCCAAGAGCCCCAAGAAGGCAGCAAAGAGCCCCAAGAAGGUCACCAAGAAGGCUCCUGCAGCCAAAAAGUCUCCCGCUAAGAAGGCAGCCAAGCCUAAAGUCAAGAAGGCAGCAGCAGCCAAGAAGAAGUGAGCUCCAUCCUGCACACAUCAACAGCCCCACAAAGGCUCUUUUAAGAGCCAACA